ACAUUCAUAAGUUUUCUGCAAUCUGAUGUUCUUGUGCCAGGAGAUGACAUUACAGCAAGCCGCAAGGUGCAUGCUGCUGGAUGGGCCAUGUUCAGCAACAGUCCGGAGCUCAUGGCAUUGGGGGUUCAACACAUGUCAUUGAGCGGGCUUGGGUUUUUCUAUCGGCGUGAGGAUAAUUUACAGGGCAAUGAGGCCAUUUAUAAACCAGAUCAUGCAGGAGCAGACUCUACACCAAAGUUCUACAUCAUUAAUGGGACGAUUGCGAAUGCACGGAAUGGCAGCCUUGUACCUGCACAGUUCUCUUGCUAUGUUGCAAACCUCACAGAUGGGACUUGCUCGUCUGAAAUGGUGAAGGUGGAAGACAGCUACCCUGCCCGACUCAAUGACUACAGGACAAGGUUUUAUGUCCGUGAAGCAGCCGCUUUCCCCAACACUAGUCAAUUCGAGAUUCUGGUGGGAUCAUUCUGUGAGUUUCCACUUCUCUUGCCCUGAGGGAGGCCCCCUUUGUAAGUUUCUACCCUUAUCUAAGUUGUCUGUUUCUUUGUUUUAUGUUAUGCCUCCUGUUUCAUUGUGCCCGUUCCGCCUUUAUUUUGGCAAAGAUGGAAAAAGCUGAAACCUCUUUUUUUUUUUUUUUUUUUUUUUUUUUUUUUAAGGGCAAGUACGUUGAUGUCAGUUUUGAGUUUUUCACGUGCGCGAAAAAAACAUGCUCACACAAAGAAAACAGCCGCUGAGUUUGAAAAAGCAAUGAAAGUACCGGGGCUGU